AUGAUUCCUCUGCGCAGUUCUGUGGUGGCUCUUUGCCUAGCUGUCCGGACGUUGGCCAUCAGUGUCACGGACAACGCUGAUGGAUCCAUCACGGUUGACCCGGAGUCGGCCAACGGGUUUACGGCAACCAUCAAUGGUCAAGGUGACUUCACCUCCCUGAUCUACGGGGGUGUCGAGUAUCAGAAUCAAGAGGCGUUCAGUCACCUAGCUUCCGGGAUUGACGCAGACGAUGUCUCUUAUGAGGCGGUUGAUGACUACCUCGUUGUAACCUGUACAGCGCAGAACGAUUUUGUGGACGUUAUUCAAUACUACAUCUUCAUUGAUGGCCAAGAUCACAUUUACCUGGCGACUUAUACCUACGCGGAACCCAGUGUCGGAGAACUACGCUUUAUUUUCCGCCUUGAGAACCUCCCGGAGGCGUACCCGUUCGGUGUUGUCUCGGAUACUCGCGGCGGAACAGUCAUUGAAGGCAAAGACAUAUACGUGGUUGAAUAUGAAACUCGAUCCAAGUACUACUCAAAUGACCGGUUCAUUGAUGACCAUGUUCACUGUGCCUACCGAGAGGCACCCGACGUGCAUGCAUGCUUUGUCAAGCCCAUUCGAGCAUACGAUGCUUCAACAGGCGGCCCCUUUGCAAGGGAUAUCAACGUUAACCUAAGUGACGACGAUCACGGUGUGACAUUCUACAUGAACCACGGUGAUGAGUUCUACGAUCCUUACCGUCAAGGGUUCCACGGCCCUUACAUCUUCGCCUUUACGGGAAGUGAUAUUCCUACGGUCAGCCAGUUCGAUAUUUCCAUUUUAGAAGACCUGGGUCUGGAGGGCUACAUCGCCGAUAGUGGCAGGGGGUAUGUCGAGGGCGUGGCCUCAGGCACCGCAGACGAGUUCCAGGCAGUGCUGCACUGGUAUAACGAUGAACACCAGCAGUGGGUCUACGCAGAGAAUAACGGCAGCUUCAAGUCUCCUCCUCUAGCCCCGGGUGAGUAUACCCAGGCCCUAUACCAGGGAGAGCUGCUUGCAGCGAACUCGACUGUGACUGUGGCAGCGGGACAGACUAUCACUGAAGAUAUUGCUGCUACGAACCCUAUUAUAGUAGAUGACCGGACGACUAUUUUCCAAAUUGGGCAGUACGACGGUCUGCCCACAGACCUGUUAAACGGGGACAAGGUUUAUCGCAUGCAUCCCUCAGACCAGCGCAUGGGAGACUGGAACACCGCCACCUUUAUUGUUGGCGAGUCUGAGGACUUGGAAUUCCCCUCCAUCAUCUUCAAAGAUGUCAACAACGGGAGCUCUAUUGAUUUCAACCUUGACGCUGCACUCAACGAAGUCGCCACGCUCAGGAUUGCGACGACGAUGGCUACACGUGGUGGGAGACCUGCUAUCACUUUGAACGAUUUCAUCGGCAAAGUUCCCUCGGGUCCACCAGAGACACCCUCACGAGGUCCCACAAAGGGCAAAACCCACGGCGACAUGAGCAUUUACACGUACACUAUCCCUGCGGGCACUCUUCUCGCAGGAAAGAAUACUCUGAAGAUCACGGUUGCCUCUGGAAGCAGUGGUGACAAGUUCCUGUCUCCUAACUUUGUCCUUGAUGCAAUUGAGUUAUACUAUUAG